GUUGAUCCUUACCUGCCCUAUGAGUAUACAUCUGAAGGGAUGCUGGAGCGAAUCCAUGCCUACAUUCAGUACCAGGACUUCUGUGCCACAGUUGCCCUGCCAGACAAGUCCAAUGGCUACACUAUGCAAAGCUCCACAAGCCCGUUCAGCCUGCAAACCAACGCCACUUCCCUGGUGUGGUCCCGCAAUGCCAGCAGCAGCCCUACCACCUGGCCCCCGGUCCACUCAAUGCAGGUGUGGUUAUCAGACAUCGGUCAGGCAUGCACCAGCACUUGUCAACAGCAUGGCUUGGUCUGUGAGCCGGAGUUUUUCAAGUUCAUCAACAAGAAGGAGGUCUUUCAGCAGCUCAAUAUUGUCUGUGACAACACCGAGUCAGAGAUGAAUCACCUCUAUCCAGCAGUGGCUGAAAACGUCGGGGAGUGCUACCUUCAGAAGGAACCACUCUUGUUCAGCUGCGCAGGAUGCAGUACCAAGUACCAGCGCCUCUGUCCAUGCCGUGAUUACAGGAAAGGACAAGUGGCCCUGUGCCAGGAUUGUUUGUGACUCCAACAAGACACGUGCAUGGUCACAUACCACAUGCAAUGAAUAACUAUUUUCUUUAUUUCGGUUUCAUCAAAGCUUCUGCAAUACUCAAGAAGGCUCCAGAUGGGACCGUCUACUUGGAAGCUUCUGAAAAUUCUUGGAUGUCAAUGAGACUUCAUUGGUUGUUUUGUCUACCAAUCUGGGGUGAAUGACCCUUUUCCAAUAUUCCUUUAAGACAUAUCUCCUAACGUAUCUAAGACCACUGGAGCCCUUGAAGAGGCUUGGAAGGAUUUUAUUGAAAAUCUUUUUGAAGGACAAGAAGGCCUGACUUCAGGAUUUCAUCUUCCUUAAGCAUCUUUAUUUAUUUUUUAUGGGGGGAGAGAUUGAAAUUAAAGUGGAAAAAAAGGAAGAAACGGUCUCU